GAGUGCCCUGUUUGGCUAGUUGCUGAACCGGUGUCCAGACUCAUCAUAGAGGAGAGGAUCCGAAUGUUAGACGGCGACGUGACCGAUGUGGUGGAAGCGAAGGCGAUCGGCGCCAAGCCCGAAUACAUCCAUGUCUACAGUGCUAGCUGGGGUCCAGAUGACGAUGGGCGUACAGUGGAUGGACCUGGUCCUUUGGCUAAGCAAGCAUUUGAAAACGGCAUUAAAAAGGGUCGGAGAGGACGGGGUUCUAUUUUCGUCUGGGCUUCUGGAAAUGGUGGCCGAGAAGGGGACCAUUGUUCCUGUGAUGGAUACACCAACAGCAUCUACACCGUCUCUGUGAGCAGCACCACCGAGAAUGGGAACAAGCCGUGGUAUUUGGAGGAGUGCGCCUCUACCCUUGCCACAACAUACAGCAGUGGGGCCUUUUACGAGCGGCAGAUUAUGACCACGGAUCUGAAGAAACAUUGCACAGAUGGCCACACGGGGACUUCCGUUUCUGCCCCCAUGGUAGCUGGGAUCAUCGCUCUAGCUUUGGAAGCCAAGUAA